CACACGACCGAGGACGCCGGCGGAGCGAGAGAGGCAGGACACCGCGAGCCCUUCUUAUGAGAAAGUGUCCUGGAUGAGUGUUUAAAUCUCAGCAACAUGGAUUCCCGUCGGGUCAACCUUUUCUCGCUUCUGCUCCUCAGCCAGAUAUACAGCAGCCUUCAGUCAAAGGAGCAAAUAUUGCUUGAUAUGAAAGCCUCAGGAGGAGAGUUGGGAUGGCUGACGUCACCGUACGAGGAUGGGUGGGAGAUAGUCCAGACCGUGGUGAAUGGCUCCCUUCUCUAUACCUACAGCGUAUGUAACGUGGAUGCUGCUGACCAGGACAACUGGCUACGCACCACCUUCAUCCAGCGACGUCCCGGGAUCACACGGGUCUCUGUAGAGCUCCGUUUUGUCGUGCGAGACUGCAACACCUUCAACGGCGCCUCGCUGGCCUGCAAAGAGACUUUUAACCUGUUCACGUCAGAGGCCGACGCCGACGUGGGCACCAACUUCCGCAAGGGCCAGUUCCGCAAAGUAGCCACCAUAGCUCCCGACGAGAUCACGCGGGGGCGAGGUGCACUGAAGAUCAAUAUGGAGACGAGGACUGUUGGGCCUCUGUCACGGAAAGGAUUUUAUCUGGCCUUCCAGGAUAUGGGGGCUUGCGUCGCACUGCUCUCUGUCAGAGUCUACUACAAAACGUGCCCCUCCACGAUACAGAGCUUGGCAGCCUUCCCGGAGACGGUGGCUGAUAACCUCAGGGAGGUGGAGGGAUCCUGUGUGGCGAAUGCUGUGAGACCGUCCACCCCACGCAUCUACUGCACAGCUGAGGGAAAAUGGGUGGUGCCAGUCAGUCAGUGCCAAUGCCGCGCAGGCUACCAAGCCAACGGCGACUCCUGCCAAGAAUGUGAGCCAGGCUACUUCAAUCCAUCCGUAUCCAGCGAGGCGUGCCAGGUCUGUCCUGAGAACACCGUGGCCUCUACAGCUGGUGCCCUUGAAUGUCCAUGCCAUGAAGGAUACUACCGGUCGACCUCUGACCCUCCGACAUCAGCAUGCUCUGCGCCGCCAAGUGCCCCUCGUGACCUGGCAUCCACCACCCUGUCAGCAGAGGGCAGGCUGCAGCUGUCCUGGGCCCCUCCGCUGGUGACAGGAGGCCGCAGUGACCUCACCUACAGUGUGGUGUGUGAGCACUGCGACGGGGACCUGUGCGUCCCUUGUGGCGAGAAAGUCCGUUUUCAACCGGGGCCCACAGACCUGCAGGAGACCACGGUCGUAGUGAGUGAGCUGGAUUCCCAUCUCAACUAUACUUUCACUGUGGAGGCGCACAGCGGGGUGUCCCAGUACAGCAGCCAGAGACCCACGUCUACUAUCGCCACCACUCUCCACUACACGGAUCCUCCCAAAGUGACGUUAAUCCGUCUGGAUGAUCGCAGCCCUACGAGUCUGUCCCUGUCCUGGGUCCUGUCCCGUCGACCUCCCGCUCACGUCAGUCACCGCUAUGAGCUCAUGUACCGCAGGAAGAUGAAAGAAACAAAACUGAAAUCCAUAUCCCCCCCAAUGACUCCAUUGAAGGACGAUGACGGCGAGCGAGAUGUGACCACGUACACAGUCCUGGUUCUGGACAAAAGCACGGUCCAGAUCAACGACCUCUCUCCAGACACAACCUACAUUUUCAGGGUCCAAGCGCUUAGUCCUGAAGGCAACCCUGGUAGCUACAGCAUGGAGCACGAGUUUCACACGGAGCCACUGGGGGAGUCCAAGAUCCAGAACAGCUCCACAGUGGUACUGGGAGCUGUGGUAGGAGGCGCCGUCAUGCUGCUUAUCGUGGUGGUUGUUCUGCUGAUGCGAAGGAGUGAUCAUGCAUGUUUUCCUCCCAGGAAGCUGAAUUCUCGUGGCAGGGGAGGGCCUGAAGAUCCCUACUUCUCUACGGAUCAGCUGAAACCUCUUAAGACCUACGUUGACCCGCACAUGUACGAGGACCCCAACAUUGCCAUCCUGAAGUUUGCGACAGAGAUUCAUCCCAGCGCCAUUACCAAACAAAAAGUCAUCGGUGCAGGAGAGUUUGGGGAGGUGUUUCGCGGGAUCAUGAAGGCUCCAGGGCGAGGAGACGUGUCAGUGGCCAUUAAGACCCUGAAGCCUGGCUACACUGAGAAACAGAGGCAGGACUUCUUGAGCGAGGCCAGCAUCAUGGGUCAGUUUUCACACCAGAACAUCAUCCGCCUGGAGGGAGUCGUCACCAAAUUCAAACACAUCAUGAUUGUGACCGAACACAUGGAGAAUGGCGCUCUUGACAUAUACCUAAGGGACCACGAUGGAGAGUUUCCAUCAUACCAGCUGGUGGGAAUGCUGCGUGGAAUAGCCGCAGGUAUGAAGUACCUGUCAGACAUGAACUAUGUCCACCGCGACCUGGCCGCACGAAAUAUCCUGGUGAACAGCAACCUGGAGUGCAAAGUGUCUGAUUUUGGCCUCUCACGUGUGCUGGAGGACGAUCCCGAGGGCACCUACACCACCAGGGGAGGUAAAAUUCCCAUUCGCUGGACUGCCCCCGAGGCCAUCGAAUACAGGAAAUUCACUUCAGCCAGUGAUGUGUGGAGCUUUGGCAUUGUCAUGUGGGAAGUUAUGGCCUUUGGAGAACGACCAUACUGGGACAUGAGUAACCACGAGGUUAUGAAAGUCAUCAACGAGGCAUUCAGGCUGCCUGCGCCAAUGGACUGCCCGUCUGCCGUCUACCAGCUGAUGUUACAGUGUUGGUUGCACGACCGCUCCAAACGACCCCGCUUCUCAGAUAUUGUCAACAUUUUAGAUAAACUGCUGCGAAACCCGGAGUCUUUGAAAACCAUCGCUGACUUUGAUCCACGCGUGUCCAUCCGCCUGCCCAGCACCAGUGGCUGCGAUGGCGUGAUGUUCAGGUCGGUGCCUGAGUGGCUGGAGUCCAUCAAAAUGAGCCAGUACAGUGAAAGCUUUGCCUGCGCUGGAAUCACAACCAUGGAGCAGGUGCUGGCCAUGAGGCAUGAAGACAUCAGGAAUGUCGGAGUACGGCUGCCCGGUCACAUGAAGAGGAUAGCCUACAGCAUCCUUGGCCUCAAAGACCAGACGAGCUCACUAAAUGUGUUCUCGGUGUGAUGCGAGCCUUCAACCAAUUAGCAAAUACACCCCGAUCAGCCAUGCCAUUUCACUGAUGGAUAAAGAGGACUGACCGAGUCGGGGUUAAACCGAGACUGACUAUUGGUAGCUUGGCAUGACUGAAGAGGACCAUCCAAGCCACUCAGAAAAGACUGAGAUUGAAAAUACUGAAGUACUUUAUUACAGAGAGGAUUAUUUUAUACUUGUGUAAAGAUGUCUCAUUCUAUUGAACACAAAGACGAGUCGUGUAAUAUAGCAAACAAAAGCCUUAAAGUGUGUGUGAAACAUGAGACGGCACAGGCCUCCUUUUGUCUUGUAUCUAUGUCCAAAUUGGAUGUCUUAAAACCGAGGAACAUUUUAUAGGGCUCUCUCGACCUCAACAGCUUCUUCAAGCAGACUUUUUCUGCCAGUGUUUUCUGGACCCUUUAGUCCGUGGGUUUUUUGUACACGUUUGUUUAAAAAUCAGACAUUUUUAAAUACAAAAUUAUGCUGCUCAGGGGAAAAGUAUGUUAGUCUUCUUGUAAUGUUUGAUGUUUUGUACGUCACCCACGUUUUGUGUACCUACUAAUGCAUUUUCCACAAGUCAGUUGUUUUACAAGUUUUUUUUUGUUGGUUUUUUUUUUACUCUGCAGCCUGUCUUAAUACCGAUUGUCCAUGAUUAUUUAAUAUUUAUUAUAUUUUCUAUUUAUAUCAGUAAAUGAGGAAUAACACUGAACUGGCACAUUUUCAAGGCUUUGUAUUUUCUUGUUUGAAUAAAAAACCACGUUGCCUUGUGACCUGACUCACUUCCAUAUAAGUGACUGGUCAAUUGGUUUUGGGGCAUUGUGCAGCGUGUGCAUCACAGCUGGAGUUGGU